GCUCACCCUCCGAGUUUAAAAAAAAAAAAAUAUAUGGACAAGAAGUUAUCAUUGAGAUUAAAUGGUGGCAGACAUGUCCAAGGAAUAUUGUGGAGAUUUGACCCCUUUAUGAAUCUUGUGAUAGAUAAAUGUGUGGAGUUGCCAACUGGUGGGCAACAGAACAAUAUUGGAAUGGUGGUAAUACAAGGAAAUCGUGUCACCACGUUAGAAGCCUUGGAACGAGUCUAA